AGUUUCGUCGCGUACGUGAAACUAGAAGCCGAAGCGUAGUAUUUUCUUCAAAACGAAAAACGUAAAGAAACAAUUAUCGCGUGAAAAAUCUUCAAGUCUCCGAAGAGCAAUUUCAUCUAUGCCAGUGUCGAUAAUUUUUCCAUGAAUUCAAUGAUCACACUUGGAGACACAGACGACGAGGUGAUCGAAUUGGACUCUAGCCAAGAUACCAUCAACGAUGUUAACAAUGAUCAAAGUGAACGUUCUACUGAAAAGAAUUCACCAUCGUACGAUACUGUGGACGGAACGGAUACUACCAGUGAAGAUACAAAGUAUAAGAUAAAUGCUUGUACAUCGCAACAUAGCGAUGAUACUUGUAUUUCAAAACCCCUUUUUAAGGUUAUGUUUCGAGACGAAAGUGUUUCACGGCAAUACAGAAAACAAAUAAAAGACUUUUUGGAGGACUUAAUACCGUCUGUAGUUAAAGGUCAAGAAAAUGAUGAUAGCUUAACAUUAGAAGUCUGGGAAAAUGAUAAGGACUUUACGAGUCAAUCUGUUGAAAUUACCACUGAAAGCGAAGAGAGUCAAGAUGCAAUAUGCGAUACGCUAUUUACAGUAGAUAAAGAACCAAAACUUGCAAAUGACAUUGAUGUUCCAACAUAUGGAAAGAAAUACGAAAACGUAUUUGAAAUUAAUAAGCCAGAACCAAAAUUGAAAGAAAUAAAUGAACAUCAACAAAAAUUGAAACAAAAAAUUGAAUAUCAACCAAAAUUGAUGUGUUUUAAUUGUAUGGAAAAUCAUAAUUUAAGAGACUGUCCAAAACCACGUAUUCAGGCUAAUAUCAAUAAAAAUAGAAAAAAUUUCAAUAGCAAAGGAGGUUCAAAAUCUGUUAGAUAUCAUUUAGAUGACGAUCAAAAAUUUGAUCGUAUGAUUCCUGGCCAAUUGAGUAGUAAUUUACGUAAAGCACUAGGUCUCAGAGAUCAUGAAUUACCUAGACAUAUAUACAGAAUGAGAAAACUUGGCUACCCUCCAGGGUGGUUGGAGGAAGCGCGCAUACAACACUCUGGUUUGUCGUUAUUCAAUUCCGAUGGCGUCCCAGAAACAGAUCCUAACGAGGAACCAGGAGCAAUUUUUGACGAUGGAGACAAAGACCUGUACGACAUAAAAAAAAUAUUUGAUUUCCCUGGUUUUAAUGUACCGCCUCCAUAUGGUACUCGUGAUGAACACCGGCAGUAUUGGGAAUCACAGGAGCAAAAUUUUCAUAGCAAACAAACAAUGUUGUUGAUGCUGAAAGGGAAAAAAGCAGACGAUGGAUAUAAAAGGAAAAAGCUCAAAAUGCCUAAUACAGAGCCGAGAAAUGAUGUAUCGUCGGAAUCAAUCGCAAUGGAAAUAGAAGAUGUGGGAGAAAUUGUAGUAGAAAGUAUACCUGUUGAUGGACUUUUUGUGCCACCAUUACCACGAGAAUCCGCUGUAAAGCCUCCAGAACCAUCGUUACAGCUAACACAGCCGAUAUCCGAAGAUUCGGACUAUCAUUCUCAAGAGUUGCAAUUUUCUGAAUCACCGGAACGUAGCGCAUCGCCAUCUUCUCGAACAAAUUCACCGUCGUUAUAUGAUUUAGAAAACAUGAAAAAGCGUUUACUAGUAGAGAUAGAACUCCAAGAAUCAAAUUCACCGGCGAAUUCCGAUGUUUUGUUGAAAAACAACUCGUCAAAAUCGGAUAUGCCUCCACCUAGUAACGAAGUGACACCAGAAGCAAAUCGAUCGCGUCGUAGUAUGAUAAAUACGAGCUGUGGAAGUGUAAAAUCGGUUGACCUAGGGACGCCUGUUUUGCAAAGUGCAUCUCCGUACAGCAAAUUGCCGUCAUCUGAAAAGUUUUCGAAAAAUAUUAGCGAUGUAAUCAACUUUGAGAACCUGCCAGAUUCAACAGGUAAGUAUGAACAAAUGACCGGCGUUUUGCAAAAAGUAAGAAACACAUUAGCGCAGCUUCAACAAGAAUGAUUUCGAUUGUUAGGUUAGAAUUUACAAUGUAAAAUAGAUUAUUAUCGUAUUUCACGAGGAUAGAUUUUUUAUACUCUAAAUAGUAAAUCUAGUUAUUUAUGAGUUUACGCAGAACCAAAUUGAAUUCUGUGUACCAUUCUAUUAAUUUGAAAGUGACCUAUACUUUCAUUCAGUCCACGUGUUGUUUUUAAAUAGAAAUAUUUUUUCUUGUGCACUAGGAAUAGUAAAGACAAUAUCAUUAUUGUUAGUCAUUAUAUGUUUAUUAUAUAUCUUUCAUAUAAAAAAAAUAUCGAAAGCAUAAUGUUUUUUUAAUAAAAAAUAUUUUGACUAAUAUUAUUUUAAAUCUAUUUAAAUUUGUAAAUAAUUGGUAAGUAAAAUUGAAGUUACAUGCAAUCAUCCAUAUAACUGGUCUUCCUAAUUUUGUCACCAAACAAAAAAUUAAUUUCUAAAUGAAUUUGAGAAUGUCUCACUUUCGAAAGUACAAAUGUAUAGUAUUUUUAUAUUAAUUACUGGCAUUUUUUCGUAUGAUACAUAUGUCUAUGAAAAUAAGGCCACUUGAUAAUCAAUAAAAAAAAUUUAAGUUUCAUUCUGGUAUACAAUUAGUUUUAACAUUAUCGUUAUUUAUUCAUUCUUCUAUCUCACUUUGUAUAGUUUUCAUAAGUAUAGAUAAUUUCGGAAUUGAAGAAUAUCUUCGUUACUAUAAGUAAUAUCUUGAUACAUGUUAUAACCUAGAUAAUCUUCAAAGUAAUUAUUUUUCAUUGAAAUUAUGUGAUAGUUACAAGUAUCAGUGAAAAAUAACCUGAAAAGGCUUGAUUUUGUGUUUAUUCAUAAAUGUAUUAAAGAUGAAUGCUUUAAAUAUAUGGUAAGUUCUAAACUGAAAUCUUUGUCUAUUAAAACAACUUAUAAUUUUUUGUUCUUGUACAAACAAGAGCUUUCAUUUCUGUUUGAUAAUACAAAUAUUCACCAGUUCUAAGGAAUCUUGUAUAAUUGUAAAUAAAAUGGAAGUGUGUUUUAUUAUAAUAAUAAUAAUAAUGUUAUGACAUUAAUUUCAACGAUACAUUUGGAAUGUUACUUACAAAUUUUAGGUUAUACGUAUUUUUAUUUUACGAAACGUAAAGGAUAUCGAAUGUACGUAUAUAAAUCGUUUAUAACUAUUGUUCUCAUUGCUCAUUAUGCAUAAUAUCUUCUUUUUUCCAAGAUAAGCAUUAAAAUAUAAUAGUCGUUAAGAAAAUGAAUAUGUAUACUAUUGUUUGAUUGAAUAAUGAGAACACUAUUUUUGAAAAUAAGAAUUAAAAUUUUACCAGCAGUUGCUGUUUUCAUAAAAUUUCAAUCUAUUUUUACACAAUAAUGCAAAAAAAAUGAGAGCCGUGUUAUGUAGAAUGCACGAUAUUUAUUUUAUUGUCGAAAAUUUGAUAUGGGAAUGUACAACAGUGGAAGAGAUAAAUUCAUUUAAAUAUAUCGUAAAUGCCUUAUUUCGUUCUCAGCGCAGACAGUCGUUAAGUUCUAUUCUUAAAUUACUACUUCUCGAAGCUUAAAUUUUUACUAAUUCGAGGAAAGAGAAAAUGAACAAUUUCGCAACUUAUCGAAAAUUUUUUCUAAAUACUCAAUUUUCUUUAUUCAUAUCGAAUGAAUUAUCUGUAAUACUGCUAUAUUCAUAUCUAGUUUUCUAUCCUGAUCGCACCAUUCCCUUGAAAAAAAAAAAAUAAUAAAACAAAA